UGACAAAAAAAUGAAACUGUAGUUCAAAGUCCCUCCAAAAACAAACAUUGCUUAAAAUGAUUUAAAAGAUGUAAAAUAAUGUAAAAAAUUAUUAUUCGAACUUCUAAAAAAAAAAGGUUUCAAAAAUACCUCUACUUUGAAACUUAUUACCUGCUUUUCAAAUAUUCCUUGACUUCAGCUACUUUAACAAGCAAAAAAUGGAAGUUUCUGUGGUUCAGAGUAGUGCUCGUAUGGCUCAUCUUAGAACUACUUCAAUCAAAGAAGCACAAGAAAAAAAAUGGUGGCGGGUAAUUAUGGCAUAUAUCCUGCCAAAUGGACGGCAAAUUAAUCGUUAUAUCACACAAAUGUUUUGUGUCCUAUUUCUAUAUGCCAUAUCUUAUGGCAUGCUUGGCGAUGAUGCUUUGCCAGGCAGUGCAGUUUUUGCUCUUUUCGUUAUCGUAAUUACUGCUUUCUUGGGAGGAAAACUUAUUGGCCUGAUUAAACUGCCACCCCUAGUGGGCAUGCUAAUUGUUGGUUUUCUAUUCAGAAACAUCGAAGAAAUUCCUUUUUAUCAUCAUAUUCCUAAGAGAGUCAUUACUAUUUUACGCGAAAUAGCUCUAUCCAUCAUUUUAUUAAGAUGUGGUAUAGGUCUCGAUGGCGAAGCAUUGAAAAAGUUAAAACUAGUAGUACUCAGACUGACUAUUUGUCCCGAACUCACUGAAGUAUUGAGCAUGGGUAUUUUUGGACAUUUCAUCUUAGGACUUCCUUUUAUCUUUUCUUUCAUGUUAGGAUUUAUUAUCUCUGCUAUUUCUCCAGAAGUUGUAUUGCCGCCUUUACUGGAAUAUCAAAGACAAGGAUACGGAGUUAAAAAAGGUAUUCCAGCUUUGGUAAUUGGAGCGACGUCUUUAGAUGACAUUGUGGCGAUAGCGGGCUUCACUAUAUGUUUUAGCGUAGCCUUCUCAACUAAAGACUUACUGUGGACUAUAAUCAAAGCACCUUUAGAGCCAAUAAUAGGAUUUGCAUUAGCAAUAAUUUUUGGAAUUUUGUUUUGGUACUUUCCGUCUGUAAACACUAAACACUGGAUUCUGGUUUAUUACAAUGUUCUGAUGGUAGUUUUGGCAUCUAUAGGUCUAAUGUUUUUGAGUCAAAGAGUUAAAUUUGCAGGUUCUGGACCUCUUGCCUGUAUCAUUCUCACAUUCAUUGCUUGCAUUAAGUGGCGGAAGGAUCCCAAGCAAUUUGAAGGUGUAUAUUAUUACACAGUUUUGAUAUGGGAGGUUGUUGAACCAAUAUUGUUCUCCUUAAUCGGCGCCGAAAUUACCGUUGAGAUUUUACAUUCCAAUGCUGGAUGGGCGAUAUUAGCGCUGAUUUUGUCUCUCCUUUUCCGCACAAUCAUGACGUACUUUAUCACGUUUGGAUGCAAUCUGAACUACAAAGAAAAAUUGUUUAUUUGCUGUUCCUACCUGCCUAAGGCUUCGGUGCAAGCUGCUAUAGGAUCUCAAGCUUUAGAUUAUGCUCGACAUCAUCAUUAUUCUGAGGAGUUAGUUCAAUAUGGCAUUAUAGUAUUGAACGUCUGCGUUUUGUCUCUGCUACUGACUGCACCAUUAGCUGCUGUACUCAUUCAUUUUAUGGGACCUAUUUUAUUAACUAAAGAUGCAAGCACUCAACGAUUUGAUGGUUCUGAUUCAUCUGAGUCCAGUGAUGAAGAAGCAACGACAGAGGGGAAAAAACUCGUAGCUGAUUAUAGUUCUAUUAGUCUAGUACGUCCAUCUCUACAAGAAAGAAAAAGAUUAAAAUCACUUUAAACAAUUUACUUUAACUUCCAGAACGUGAAGUUUUAUCUUGUACUCUUUGUCUCAGGGAAGAUGUUUAGUCAAUAGUUCCUGAGAGAAACUUCGGACUAAAAUAUUAUGGAAAAAAAAAUAUUUAAGAUGUAUAAAUGUUUGCCUUAUUUAUAUAAA